AUGGGUGUGAAAAGUGCAGAACUGUUACUUGUUGUGGUGGCAGCUGCUUUCAUGUUUGGGAUUGGGAUGGCAAACUGGAACUACACUGCCGCAGCAAACUGGAAUCACACUGUUGCAGUACCAAAUUGGAACCAUACUGCUAAUGACUACUGGUUCUGGGGACAUAGGCACAAGCAGCCUUCCAGCAGAUUCGUUGUUGGUGGAUCAGAAAACUGGCGGUUUGGUUAUAACUACACGGACUGGGCUAUCAAGAAUGGUCCCUUUUACUUGAACGAUACUUUGGUGUUCAAAUAUGAUCCACCAAACGACACCACAUUCCCCCACAGUGUGUAUUUACUGUCGGAUUUCUGGAGCUUCCGGAGCUGCGACCUGAGAAGAGCAAAGAAAAUAGGAGAGGUGAAUGAGGGGGCGGGCGAGGGAUUUGAGUUCGUGCUCAAGAGAUGGCAGCCGUACUACUUCGCGUGCGGGGAGCACAACGGCCUCCAUUGCAAGGCUGGCCUCAUGAAGUUCGCCGUCUGGCCCUUGAUCCGUUGGUAUUAA